UGGCACUCGUCGAUAUGGUUCACGGGCUCAACAGCCCAAAGUUGCGAUUGAUCCGCAUCGAGGUUCUCGUGUUCCUGGGCGUCGUCGGGCUGUUUGUGCUCCUCAUCCUCGGCUCCUACCGCCGGCGGUCCAGCUGUGAAGCUGUCAAAAUGACCAUCUGGGUGGCGUACGCUGCUUCCAUCCCCAUGGUGAGCUACACCCUGGGGCUGAUGCAGUCGUCCCCUUACAAGAACAGCCUCUUCUCCGUCUGGGCCAUCAUCCUCUUCAUCUUCCUCGGCAGCGCCGAUUCUUUCUCUGCUUAUAGCCUACUAGACAACGACGACUGGAAGAGGUUCUACUUGAAGCAGCUCAUCGAGUCUUUCUGGGUGGGUUGGCUGGUGGUUUCCUCUGGUGGCUCGGAUUUCCAGUACAUUCUAUGGGUCAUAUACUGCAUAGUCAUAUUGAAAUCCGGCACACGGGUCGCGUCGUUCAAGCUAGCCAGUAGAAGCUCCAUGCUCUCCAAGAGUACCAAAUGGGUGGCAGACUACAUGAGCUACGAGCACCUGCGACCUGCCGGCGACGGGGUCCAACGACGAGACGCCGUCGACAUGCAAGGGUACCACUAUGUGGUUGCAGGAGAGGACGAGCAGAAUCCUAGGGUGGAGCCUCCCGAGUACCAUCUUAGGUACAACGACGAUGACCGGGCAAAGCUCGUUACCGUUCAAGAUAUCUGGAACUGCAAUGGGAGUCUGCUCUCCGGUGGCAAUGGCGGCAGGCUCAAGGACGUGUGCCUCUCCAUGGCCUUGUCCAAGAUGCUGAACCGCAGGUUUGCCGGCUUUCAGGUGCUCGCCGAAUCAAAUCUCCACAAGACCCGCGACUUCCUCUUCGGUGGCCUGCUCCAUGGCGACAGGUGCGUCGAACGAACCUUCAGGGUCAUCGAGGUAGAAUUAGCCUUUGUGCACGACUACUUCUACACCAAGUACUUCCUUAUCUAUAGCAGUCACCAUCUGUUCGUCACGUUGUCUUUUGCCAUGGUCCCGACCUGCGGUUGGCUUGCCUACAAGCUGUUCCAGCAUUUCCUCCGGGUACCCGAUGAAGAUGAGCUCAAAUUCCUCGUCAAUGCUAACCACAGGAACUACGACGCUCUCUUCACCUCCGUGACAGCGAUCGCAAUCGCUCUGCUUGAGGGUUUACAGGUGUACAUAUACCUGGCCUCGGCCUGGAGCAAAGUAGCCAUGAUAUCGAAAUAUGUUACCACAGAUUCAUGGAACAGUAGCGUAUUGUUCUCCAAGUUGAUUGGAUGCAUCACGAGCCUCAGGUACUUCCGGAGCUGGGAAGAUAAACUCGGUCAGUACACACUGCUCAAAAGUUUUGACUACAAAUCGAUGAACAUACUGUACCAUGCUACCUUCUCCUUGGUCAAUAAGACCAAGAAGGGCCGCAAGGAAGAUAAGCGUGUCAGAUUAUCCAUGGAUGUAAAGAAAACCGUUAUAGAAACCCUGAAGAAGAAUAGAGGCCUUGGCCAACUGGGAAACUGUGUCAUAUCUCUGCACGCUAACGAGGUAUACUACCAACUUUCAUGGUCAUGCACCACACUCCCAACUACAACACAUAUCAUAAUGGCUUGGCACAUCGCCACUACUCUUUGCGAGGUGGAAGACGAAGAUCAACAUGGAAUAGACAGUACUACUACUACUACUAAUCAGCACGUAGCUUGUAGCUUGUCAAGGUACUGUGCCUACCUAGUAGCCUUUGCUCCGGAAUUGUUACCGGAUCAUAGCUUCGUCUCCGAAUCCAUAUUUGACGCCCUGGUCGAGGAAGCCCGCGAAUUGCUGAAGGGUAAGAAAACAAUGCAGCAGCGGAAGGAAGCGCUAAGAAGCCAGGACCAUGGCGACAACCGUCUCCUCGUUGUGGGCGGUCGGCUCGCAAACAAUCUCAUCGAGAUCGAACACCCGGGGGACAGAUGGAAGGUGCUGUGUGAUUUCUGGGCAGAGAUGAUGCUGUACAUUGCACCUUCGAAUGAUGCCAAAGCGCACCUGGAAACCCUGCCAAGGGGAGGAGAGUUCAUCACACAUCUCUGGGCUUUGCUUGCACAUGGUGGCAUCUUGGAGCGACCCACUGGUCCAGCUCAAAACGUAUGAGCACCAAUAGCCUUUACUACGUACAUCCGGUGCCAAGCUUUAUGCUCUAUAGUUCUCUAUUGUGUUAAAGUGCAGUGUAUCUUCUAUGUAUGUGUUAAAGUGCUUGUAACUUUUACUCCCUCCGUUUCAAAAUAUUUCACACCGUUGACUUUUUA